UUGAAAAAUCGUAGUGCCCUUCAGUACCAGGUACCACUCUGCAAAUCCGUCAUUGAACCAAACGGGUGUAAGUCAUCAAGGCCUCCUUUCAGAGCAUUCACCGUAGAAUAUCUGGUAAAAAACAAAGCCGAUGUGAAUGCAGCUGAUAACAGUGGUGCAACUCCACUGCAUUGGGCUGCAUCGAAAGGUCUUGAAAGGACGGUAGGAUUUCUACUGAAAGGAGGAGCUGAAGUGGAUAAUGUUGACAAGUAUGGUCGAAAUGCGCUCCAUAUGGGUGUACUAUCUCGUUCUCGCGUUACGCAGGGGGUACGAGAUGUUUAA